UCUUCUAGAUGUGUCACUGUGCCGCCUCUCCCCAAUUGAGAUUCCCAUACUGUCCCACACUGUGCCCUCCUCAUCUCUUCCCAUCACUCUGGUCUGAGGGUCCCAGAGAAUUUCCCUGGUGGUCGCCCAUCUUUAUCUCUCUCCCUCUGGACUGAGGGCUCCCACGUCCCACCUGGCCUCCCGUACAAUCACGCUGGUCUGAAGGCACCUACCUACCUGCAGCUUUUCAUUCGUUGAUGCUUUUCUUGGGACCCGGCUCAAGAUGCCAGAGCCCACAAAGAAAGAUGAGAUGUCCAAUGGUGAGAAAGAGAGUGUUGCCACAGACAGUAGUGAGGUGCCAAUGCCCACACCUGAGAUAUCCCUCGAGGUCUCACCUCCACCCCCAGAACAACCGGUAGAGACUGAGGGGAAGGAUCCACAGCCCAUAGAGGUGAUUAAGCCUGUACAGCCAGAACCAGUAGAGAAUGGGUCUAAAGAACCAGAACCAGAGGCGGUUGUGGUCGGGGCUAAAGAGCAAGUCGAGUCUGUGAACUCUGAAGUAAAGGAGGAGGCCCCGUCCCCUUGCUCACCCCCACCGCCUGCAACCGUGACGGAGGAAGCAGAGCCAGUUGUUACGGAGGUUACACAACCGCCAGAGCCUGUUGGUACAGUGGUUACCCCACCACCACCACCACCACCACCCCCACCUCAAGAGCCUGUUGUUACAGUGGUUACCCCACCACCACCAUCACCCCCACCUCAACAGCCUGUUGUUACAGUGGUUACCCCACCACCACCACCCCCACCUCCAGAGCCUGUUGUUACAGGUGUUACCCCACCACCACCACCACCACCCCCACCUCAACAGCCUGUUGUUACAGUGGUUACACCACCACCACCACCCCCACCUCAAGAGCCUGUUGUUACAGUGGUUACUCCACCACCACCCCCACCUCCAGAACCAGUUGUUACGGUGCAGGUUACCCAACCCCCACCUCCAGCAGAUAAAGAUGAUGACGCUACAACCAACACCCCAUCACCACCGCCCCCACCAGAGGAUGCCAAUACAGUCAAGAAACUCUCUAUUGAGCUGCCUAAUGAUAGCGUCCAUGUGUCAGCCAUGGGGAGAAAAGACUCAGUGUGGUCUCUGGGAGAGGGACAGGCUCCAGAGGACCUUGACAAGCCCGUAGACACCCCACCGCUGUCCAGCCUGCUCAUAGAAAGACCCCAGGGCGGAUCCAUCACUGUGGGUGGAGACAUCUCCUUUGUUGCCAAGGUGGAGGCCCAAGACCUGCUCCGUAAACCCACCAUCAAGUGGUUCAAAGGGAAAUGGAUGGACCUGGCCAGCAAGACCGGAAAGCACUUGCAACUGAAAGAAACCUUUGACCGACGCACCAAGAUUCACACAUUUGAGAUGCAUAUCAUCAAGGCCAAAGACAACUAUGCUGGAAACUACAGGUGUGAGGUCACCUACAAGGACAAAUUUGACAGCUGUUCCUUUGACCUGGAAGUGAAAGAACUGGAACAGUCACAGAGUGUUGAUAUUCGAUCAGCCUUCAAAAGAAGCAGUGAAGGACACGAGGAUGCAGGGGAUCUUGACUUUAGUGGUCUUCUUAAACAUAGAAACCAAAGGGAGCCCAAGCAGGAUGAGACGCCCGAAGUGGACGUGUGGGAGAUCCUGAAGUCGGCCAGGCCAGACCAGUACGAGAAGAUCGCCUUUGAGUACGGCAUAACAGACCUGCGGGGUCUGCUCAAGAGGCUGAAGAAGACCAAGAAAGAGGAGAAGAAGAGUGAAGCUUUUGCCAAGAAGUUGGAUCCAGCAUACCAAGUGGACAAAGGAGGGAAGAUCCGCUUAGUGGUGGAUCUUGCAGACCCCACAGUAGAGCUGAAAUGGUACAAGAACGGCCAGGAGAUCCGUCCAACUCCAAAUCAAAGGAAGUUUAUCUUUGAGCAAAAAGGCACACAGCGGAUCAUGGUCAUCAACAACUGCGGCCUGAAUGAUGACGCUGCCUAUUCCGUAGCCGCGGGAGAAGAGAAGUGUACCACAGAGCUGUUUGUCAAAGAGUUACCAGUGAAGAUUACUAAAGAGAUUGAGGCGGUGAAAACGACAGUGAACGAGAGGAUUGAGUUGGCGUGUGAAGUGUCUGAAGAAGGAGCUCAAGUAAAAUGGUGUAAGAACGGCGUGGAGGUCCCGACCGGGCCCCGGUCACGCUACCGUGUCAAGUCUGAGGGGCUGAAACACUGGCUAAUCAUUGACGAUGCCUCAAAGGAGGACACUGGAACCUUCUCCCUCAUGGCCUCUGGGGGAACCUCUGAAGCCAAAGUCCAGGUUGAAUUGAAGCCACUGAAGAUUAUUCAGGAUUUGCAGGACAUGACAGUGCUUUUGGGCCAGCCACUGAAGAUGCACUGUGAGAUCUUCCCUGGGAAUGUUCCAGGUCGUUGGUACAGGAAUGGACAGCUGAUCCAGUCCAACGACCGCAUCAACAUCCUGCAAAGAGCCAAGAACCACCGAUUAGAAAUUGUGAACAGCACCAUUCACGAUGCCGGGGAUUAUACCUUUGUGCCAGAGGGAUACUCUCAGAGCCUCUGUGCCAAAGUUCAUAUCGUUGAUCCUCCCAGGGUGCACCUGGAGAGCUUGAACUUCCCUGACAACACAGUGACCAUUGUGGCAGGAAAUAAACUCCGCGUGGAGAUCCCCAUCAGUGGAGAACCAGCACCCAGAGUGGUGUGGAUGAAGGGAGAGAGGGUAAUCCUUGACUCGGGCCACCGUGUGCGAGCUGAAACCUUCUCGGACCACACCAGCCUCACCAUUGACAUCGCAGAGAAGGAGGACACAGGAAACUACAAGAUAGUCCUGCAGAACGAGGCUGGGGAAGCAGGGGCUAGCAUCAAAGUCAAGGUGGUGGAUAUCCCAGACCCUCCUGAAGUUCCCCUAGUCACAGAGGUGGGAGGAGACUGGUGCUCUAUGACAUGGGAACCCCCGAUCUAUGACGGAGGCUCACCCAUCUUAGGCUACUUCAUCGAAAGGAAGAAGAAGCAGAGUUCCAGAUGGAUGAGGCUGAACUUUGACCUGAACAAAGAGACCACAUUUGAGCCUAAAAAGAUGAUUGAGGGUGUCCCGUACGAGGUGCGCGUCUUUGCUGUGAAUGCCAUCGGUGUGUCCAAACCCAGCGAGCCAUCCAAAGCCUUUGUGCCGCUGGCUGUGACCAGCGAGCCCACCAUGCUGGUGGUGGAUGAUGUCACAGACACCACGGUGACCAUGAAGUGGCGUCCCCCAGACACCAUCGGAGCUGCAGGCUUAGACGGCUACCUGGUGGAGUAUUGCAUCGAAGGAACUGAUGACUGGAGAGUAACCAAUAAGGAGCUGACAGAGAAGACUAAGUACACCAUCACUGGCCUCCCUCCAGAGGCUAAGAUCCUGGUUAGGGUAAGGGCUAUCAAUGCUGCCGGCGCCAGCACUCCCAGAACACUUCAGCACUCUAUCCUGGUCAAAGAGGUCAUCGAACCACCUAAGAUCCGCAUCCCCCGUCAUUUGAAACAGACGUACACUCGUAAAGUCGGAGAAGCAGUCAAUCUCGUUAUUCCAUUCAUGGGCAAGCCCAGGCCAAAGGUGAGCUGGCUGAAGGAGGGCCAGACGGUGGACCCCACGCAGGUCACUAUCCGCAACACAGACUGUGACAGCAUCAUCUUCAUCCGCAAAGCAGAGAGGAAGCACUCUGGGAAGUAUGAUAUGAAGGUGGAGGUGGAGAACCACGUGGACACCGCCAUCGUAGACAUUCAGAUAGUAGACCUCCCAGGGCCUCCACAGUGUGUGAAGAUAGAUGAGGUCUGGGGAGGAAACGUGGCUCUGGACUGGACCCCUCCAAAGGACAAUGGCAACGCCGCCAUUACAGGCUACACCAUCCAGAAAGCAGACAAGAAGACCAUGGAGUGGUACACGUGUAUUGAGCACUACCACCGCACCUGCAUCACCAUCACAGAGCUGGUGGUGGGGAAUGAGUACUACUUCAGAAUCUACUCUGAGAACAUGGUGGGUCUGAGCGAGGGUGCCACCCAGACCAAGGACAGCGCCCUCAUCGUUAAAGAAGGCAUGCAACUGAAGAACCCCGAGUACAUCGACCACGACUUCAAAGAGCCUCCCAAGUUCACCCAGCCCCUCAUCAACACCUUUGCCAUCGCUGGCUACAACGCCACCCUCAACUGCAGCGUCCGCGCCAACCCACGGCCCAAAGUGAUUUGGAUGAAGAAUAAGAUAGCCAUCAUUGACGACCCGCGCUACCGCAUGUUUAGCAACCAAGGGGUCUGCACCCUGGAGAUCCGGAAACCCAGCCCCUACGACGGGGGCAUGUACUCCUGCAAGGCCAUUAAUGACCUGGGUGAUGCACUAGUGGAGUGUAAGCUGGAGGUUAAAGUCCCCACUCAGGAAUAGUGAAUGUAUGUUCUCAUCCAAGGGGGCUUUACCUUCUCUGAGCUCAUGCAGCGUGGAGUGCCUUUACACCUGAUCGAUAAGUACAUGAGCGAGACCAAGGUCGUGGAGCAGCCAGAGAAGUAGUCGGACUGAGCAACCACUGAUACGCCUAGGCUGCCCGGAACCUGUUGUCACACCACUAGUGAUCUGCCUCUCACCAGCAGUCGAGGGAGGGGCUGGAGGGGGAGGGAGGGUUGUACUGGACUUUGGCAUGGCAUGCUGUGUGCGGGAGCUAGUUACCAUAGAAGAAGCCAAUUCAUCACCAGCUUUGUGUCAUCUCCUAGUAUUCAAAAGGCUCUGUUUAAGCUCAGUUGCAUGUUGGCAGUGUUUUGGCUGUAGCUUUUUAUUUUAGAUGAGUAGUGCAGGAAAUGUGCAGUAGGACAAACUGUAAUUUCCACCUAUCUGGACAUGUUUUUGUCUCUGUUGGGAUUGGGAACUGUGUUUGGGGGAGGGAGCUAAUGUUGAAAUGUAUAAACAAUAUGGCUUGAUGUCUGUAAUGCAAUGUCUUGUGAUUAAAGAUUGAACUUCAAAAGAUACAAAUAUUAAACAAUUUCUGAUCAGGUGAUUUACAAUAAGAAUUGACAGUAUUUCGCGUUCUUACAAGCAUUUCGCUACACUCGCUUUAACAUCUGCUAACCAUGUGUAUGUUACCAAUAAAAUUUGAUUUGGGCUUUCAAACAGACAGUUAUCCACCUUUUGUUUAAGCCUUACACUGCAUGACGCUGUGCUUUCUCUGCCCAUACUGUACUUCAGGCUUGAGCAUAUUCUCAGCUGUCAGGCCAUCUGCGCAUGCUUUCAUCUUAAAUUUUUUGUUUAUGACUCCUGGAAUAAAAUAAAAACAUGUAACAUAGCA